UUAUUGAAUAAUACCCCACUUUUGCAUGUGAAACUUGGGACUUUCGCGUUAAGCGACACAAUGCUAUCUACUUCGGAUUUAGAAAGGCUAAUUGCAGUUAAAAGGCGUGAGAUAGAGAAUGAAAAGACGCGACUGGGGUUGCCGACGCGACCAGACGAGAGCAACAAUAAAGAAAAUGCCGCACCAAAGUCAUCGAGCGGGAAAGUGAGCGAAGAAAGAGUAGAGCAGAAUGCGCCGGACAAGAAGGAGGGAGAGAGAGAGACUGGAGAGAUUCCGCCCGACCUAGAGAGAUAUAUACGGCGCUACCUAGGCCUCCCCGUAAUGCUAAAAGCGGGUGAAUACUCCCCCAACAACCCCCUCAUACGGGGCGAGAGGUCGUCGGGCGACGCGUUACUCGGACUCGGGGAGUAUGAACGAAGAAGAAACACCCUCAGGAAGCUGCGCCAGCAGCAGUACAGGGAAUAUCUCGACCAGCAAGCGAAGAAGAAGCAAGAAGAGAAGGAACAAGCGGAGCGAGAGAGAAGAGAGCGCGAGCAACGGGAGAGGGAGCGAGAAGAACGCGAACGAGAGAGGGAGAUAGAGCGCAUAGAGCGGGACAGAGUCAGUCCGGAGCGGCCGCGAGCGUUCGUCAACACUGUGUUCAGUGCUACGCAGACUUUCACUAGCAAAGUAGACACCGGUGUGCAGACAACCACGGCCGGCAGACCUCUCUCGGUAGCCGUACAGACGGACGACGCUGAAUUCUACAGGUUAUCGUCUCCGUCUCCAUGUCCGCUGACGCAGGCGGAGCGCGAGCUGUCGCCGCGCACGGUGGCGCCCGAGCGCCGCAGCCUCCCCGAUUUAGAGCAGUCGCUGUGCCGUCCAGACCGAGCGAGCGGGGAGCGCUACAAGCCAUCAUUCUUCGACGCCGACGCCGUGCAGCAGCGGAACGCCAUGGCCGAAAAGGAAGCCGCGGCUAAGCGUCAGUACUACCAGCAAGAGCUCAAGAACCAGAUACUCGAGCAGCAGCGUAUUCGGGAGGAGAGGAAGGCGAGAGAAAAACUGCUAGAGGCGGCGGAGAUGCGUCGGCUGGAGGAGCAGCUCCGCAUGCUGCGCGGCGCUCAGGAGCUAGAGCUCAACAGGCACAACGCACAACAACACCAGAUGAAAGAAAACGCAACAGACUACGAAAAGAAGCGAACGGCGCUACAAAAAGAAAUAGAUUUAGAGAAACAAACGCUAUUCCGCGCGCGCACACACACGCACACCUCACACAGCGACGGACCCGCUAAACCCUCCAAGAUACCCUUCUACUGCCCCUCGGUCCACAAGGCCAAGGAGAAAAAACACUUCUCCACCAACAUACCAGAUAACUCUAUAUUCUCACCAAACUACGAUGUCGACAGCUAUCUAAGAAAAAACCUUAAUCCUUCCAAAGAAAUGCUCAGCUCUCGCCUAGACACCGCUAGCUCAGAAUGCUUAGCUUCCAAAUACCUCGCGAGAUACGACAGGGAAUCUAGGUUAACAGACAACAGUGAGAAAGAGGCUAGGUUAAGUAAAGGUAAGGUAGUAGUAGAGGCGCUAGUCCACGACCGUCCGAAAUACGAGCCUAAAGAUAACGAUAAUCCUAUACCAGUGUUAAGGCAUUCGCCGGUCAAUGUGAAGACUGUGCAGAAAAACACGGACUUGAGCGAAGCGAUGCAAGUUGUAGACGAUAAGUGGAAGGUGCCUGUGGUUCAGAAGAACAUUUUGAAGAGUUUGCCAAAUGAGGAGGGUAAGAGUGUGAGUAUACUCACGCAGUUGGGGUCCAUUAGGAGGCAGUUGCAGUUAGAGCAGUUGAAAUUGGAUAAAAUGCUUACGAAAGACAGCGCUUGAGGUGCUAAAUUAUGUUUUAUCAAGUGCAGUUUUUACUAAUCGGCCGUCCUGAGAAAAUAUGUCUGUGUCUAAGUACUAUAAAUACUGGGUGAUUUUGGCGUCGUGUAUGGAAAAAAUGUGUUAGAUUGUCAUACUAAACGAAUGUCCCCAUGGGACUAUUAAUCACAAAAUUGGGGAAUAAAUCAAAUUUCACCUUGAGGGUUCGAAAUAGACGAAACGGUCCAGGGGUAUAUUUACACGAUUUUCAUAUCGCUCCCAUGGGAAAUCCUGUUCUGAAUUAAUCUUAAUACAUUUUUGACAUGGAUCACGACCCCAAAAUCACCCAAUAUAGAGGUUAUUAUAAGAAGUAAACCACAGACAAUGAGGUUGCAAAUUACAUAAUAUUAACAUGUUACCCGCAUGUCUAACAUGCUUUACUAAAAAUAGCUUCUGGUUGCAUGUAAUGGCCUAUAACCUAACCAAAAAUGAAUCCAUAAUGUUAUACCUAUAUUAGUCGCAAUGUCUCUCAUCAAUAUGUGUUUAUUAUAUAAUUUCUGCAUUUAAAAAGUUAUCUCAGGCUAUGUUCUAAAAAGAUCUCAAUUAUUAGAACACGUUUACUACGUUUAGGUAGGUACCAUCAAAUAUUACUCUAAAGUCUAACCAAACCAAGAGAGAUUACUAUGUACCUAUAUUUUGUGGUAUCUUAACACAUAUUAGAUAUAAACAAUAAUUUAAAUUAUUUGUAUUUGAAUUGAAAAUAAUACCUAAUAAUACGUGUCCGUAAACUAAUGUGUAUUUAGUUCAAAUGAUUAAAUUUUAUAAGUCUACUAGAACAAAUGAAUACAGAUUUAAAUAUUAAUUAAAUAAUGCCAAAGUUAAUCUGCAUGUCAAUUAUUUUUUGUAUUAAGUUUUAGCAUGUCAAUGUUAAGUUUUAACAAUUAGUCAAUAAGCAUGUUUUAACUACGAGUAUAUACUUAAUCAUUUUAAUUAUUUUUAGCCUGGUUUUAUUUAAUUGUUUUAUCUUGGUUAACAUAUUUCUAAGUAAGGUGGCGAUUCAAACUAUUUUAGACCAGAAAUCGACUAUUUGCUAUCGGCACCUUGCAUAUUUCUUUUUUUAAUAUUU